AUGGAUGAAAGUCUUCCUCGUCCUUUCAAGUGCGCCACAUGCAAGAAGGGGUUUACUCGCCAGGAGAACCUCAAGCGCCAUGUAAAUACACAUCAUAGAGGCAGAAAUGCUCCAUGUUUUCCAUGCAAUCAAUGCAGUGCUCGUUUCGCGCGAAGUGAUCUUAGGAAACGACAUGUAGAGAAUUGCCAUGUCUCUUCCCAAGCUUCACCACCAAAGACGGCACCACCUCCUCCCGCCAUUAAUACAUCACACGUCGAUUCACCCAGCACAACAGCCUGGAUGGACGUCUUGUUGACACAUCCUCCACCAGCUCAGAAUGAAGUACCAGAGCCAAUGCAGCAGCAUAACCAGACUUAUGAGCCUCCAUCCUCAGCAAUAUCGAGUGAGAUUCGAUGCGUUGAGGCUUUCUUUGAUGGAUUCCACAGAAACUUCCCAAUUCUACACGAGGGCUCAUUCCACAUUGUUUCGACACAAGUGCCUCUGUUGAACGUCAUUACGGCUGUGGGGAGCCUCUACUGCGAGUCCUCGUUCGACGAGGCUGCUCGGAAAGCCGUGUUCGAGUCUACACUCUCUGCACUCCAACAAUAUGUUGAGCAGAAUCGAUCACGGUACCAAGAGAUAUGGGUUCUUCAGACCUUUCUCCUCCUCGAAUUCCUCGGCAUCUACGGCGGCAACGACACAAGUUUCCUGAAAGCCCAGCGCAUUCAUCGGGACCUCAUAGACGCGAUACGACUUCUCCAAAUGUUCCAAGACAGUUCGCUAGAGUCCCUGUCUACGAACUCUGGCGAGGACAGCGGGUACGGCAAAGAAGGCGACGAAGACGACAUCAACGAGCCAGUUAGCGCCGAUGCCCUGAGUGAGCAAUGGAAGGAUUUUAUCAAAAAGGAAUCAAAGAAGCGAUGUGUUUACAUGCUCUACCUCCUCGAUUCACAGCUCGCCAUCCUCUGUAACCUCAGACCAAUGCUCUCCUCGCUCGAGAUCAAGUACGACCUUCCAUGCUGCGAGGAUAUCUGGCUUGCUCGCUCCGAUAGAGAUUGGUACGAACGCCGCCGGCAAAGAUUCAAAUCUUUCGACGAGCCCGACGACAAUGCAUAUUCCCACGAGACACCCCCGUCGCAAGGCUUCUUCUACGAAGCCUCCCAGACGCUCCUGCAUUCAGGACGCGGCGACGACAAGGAGAGCGGCGGGAAACGGCAGCCCAAGAAACUCAGGCUUCUCUGGGCUUCGCCAUUUGCCGCCGUCAUCCUCGUCACCCAGCUUCAGAUGAUGGCCCGCGAGCUCACGCACGCUAGUUGUCUACUUGAACGGCCCAAGGCACAGCGCCGAGCCCUCUCCAUCCUGACAGACAAGCAGCACGCGCAAAUUUCGCAGGCACUCAAAGGGAUUGCUGAGUUGGUACCACGUAAUCAAAAGCCAGUGUUUAGCUUCUUCGACUUCGGACGCAUGGAUGUCCUUCCAGACGGUUCGGACCAGACUCCGCUGUGGCACACGUUCUGGAUACUCUGGUACUACACCUCCAUCACUCUAUCACACCCGGACUCGCUGUUAGUGAGCGGUGUUGUCGAGUCAAAUCUUCCUCUAGCAAUUGCCACUGCCGGCCACCUCGCAACACCACGUUCCAAAGACAAACGAGACAUAUAUGAAGACCGGGAUGUUUUCAGAAUACUCAACGAUCUCGAAAUGGCCCUCGAUCUGCUGAACCCGAUAAAGUCCACCGCACCGCCUUCCCUCGAAAACCCUUUCAUAACCCUCCUCGGCUUCAAGAUCUGCCUCGCCGGCUGGCGCCUCGUGCGUCUCACAAUGCCUGCGGCUCAACGCAGUAGCGCCAACGACAUGAAUGGUCCUGGCGGAAUGGCAAUGGGACUGGGAAUGGGAAUGGGAAACAAUACCAACGGUCGCUCCAAGCCCAGCCGUUUUGUUCUGGAUGCCAUCAUGGCGUGUGUCGGGAAUGCCGGAGACGACGACGUCGAAAAUGCGGCGGCUGCACUGGCUAUGCUGGAUGAUAGGCCCGUUGACCUUGCACGGAGCGAGGUGCGGUUUCUCGAAUGGAUCGUUGCCAACUUCAAUAAGCGGACAACUUGGCCGGUUGGGAAGUGGGUGGCUACGGUCAUGGAGGAGAGUCUGUCCAAGGCGAAAGAGGCGUAUGCAGCACCACUCAGUGAAUGAAGUUACCAUUUCCAUGCACCUGACGUUCGAAAACCUCGAACAGUGAAAGCACAUUGGAUCCAAGCCGCCUUUCUUCGUCAUGAUUAAGCCUCGGCAUCGAACA